CUUCAGCGCGCAACUGAAGUGCCUUCCAAGCCCGAGGUUUUGGUGACCAUAUUCUGAAGCCAGAAAGAAUUUGCUACUUAAGUGGAAAAGAAGCAGUGAUAGACAAAGAUCCCCUAGCCCCGAGGAAAGAAGCUAGUGAGAAAGAGCUGGGGAGAAAAGGGAGAAGGGGCCUAUAGGGAUCUUCAGUCUGAGAGGAGGGCUAAGGACUGGAGACCUGAGUUUUAUGAAAGGAAACCAGUUCCCAGGUCCUGAUCAGCUCUUCCCAGUCUCAGAGAAGCCAUGGGAGCCUGCCACAUCCAGUACGCCCUGCUCCUCUCUCUGCUGGGCUUCGUCCCCUGCUCAGAUACGCUGACCUGUAACAAGGGAAUCAUGGUGAAAUUGGGCAGUAACUUUGCUAAGGCGCCAAUUGAGUGGAAAACAUUGGGGACCAUUGAAUCUGCACCUAACGAGAUAUGUCAGGAGACAGUCCUGCUCGUAGAUAUAGGUGAAAAAUCUCUCAUAUUGGCUAGCAAAAGCCUCAGCAACCCUGGGGACAUCCAGAGCAAAAAUACCCAGGUGUUUUCUUCUGGACCUGGACUAGUGGCUGCUUCUUAUGCCCACUUCUGUGACACUGAACUGUGUAACAAUGCUGAGAGCACCAGUGUCCUACUUGACUCCCUAUCAGUUAAAGCCCCCUCUAAGCUGGGAACCACCAAGUGUCCUGUCUGCUUGCAGUUUCAGGGUUCCUGCUCCCAGCACAUCACCUUUGUCUUCUGCCCAGCGGACACACACUGCUAUAUCAGUGAUAUGACUGUAGAAGGAGGUCAGUUAGGAAAGCUGUAUGCCCAGGGCCAUGGCUUCAGGGACUCAGGAGAAGGGAUGGGUGCUGCUGCCUCCUGGGUCUGAGGGAGGGAUUCAGGACUUGGACUGAGAUUCCUUGGUCCUUAGGAGGAGGGCGGGAGCCUGAACUCCUGGGCAGGAGUUGGUUGUUUUUGUUGUUGUUGUUGUCUUUGUGUUGUUUUUCAAGCUGACUGAAGUAUCCCUCUCCACCCCCUGCCCCUUACUGGAUCUUCAUAUUGUAGGUGGGCUCAAAGCCACCUUUAGUGUUGAUGGAUGCCUGGUCACCUCUUCCAAAACACUAUUGAAAAACCAAACAUCAGUUGGGAUCUUCUCCAUAGUGGAAGUCUCUGAUAUAAACAGCACCAAUUCACUCUCACAUGUACUUGUCCCUGGUACCCUCCUGGCCUGGACUUUAGGGCUCUUGGCUCUCCUCAGCCCUUUGUGUACAGGGAUUUGUCCUCUCGGCUGAACCCGUUCCUGGACAGCCAUACUCAGCCCUCCUCUGACUUCGUAACCCAAAGGCUGGGCACUGUCUGUCGGCCUGCACUGUCGGGUGCCCUCAUCCCUCACCCACACACCUCUGCCUCCUCAUGUUUAGAUAUGGGAGCCGCUGAACUCACCCUGCUCCAGAGCAGACAACCACACAUGUGGAAAAAUAAAGUUGCUGUUGUUUCUCCAAA